AAUAUACAGCGGAAUCUGGGAAAUUAUUCUGCGAUGAAGAUCAAGGGUGGUGGAGUGAUACUGUUUCCUAUGCCAUUCCAAGGCCACAUAAACCCCAUGCUUCAGCUUGCCAACAUCCUCCAUGAAAGAGGCUUUUCCAUAUCCAUAAUCCACACUCAUUUCAAUUCUCCAAACACUGCAAACUACCCUCAUUUCCGAUUCUAUUCUAUUCCCGAUGGAUUACCUGAAAAUUACGUCGUUUCACCGGAUCCUAUUCGUAUCGUGGCAUUAAUAAAGUCCCUCAAUUCCAAUUGCCAGACUCCUGUUCGUGAUUGCUUGACCGAGUUGGUAUCGACCAGCUUGGAAGAUGAACAUCCCAUUGCUUGCCUUAUUACUGAUGUUUUGUGGUACAGCACACAAGCUGUCGCUGAUGACCUUAAGCUACCGAGGAUUGUGUUGAGGACAAGUAAUGUCUCGUCUUUUCUAGUUAUGGUGUCCAUGCCAUUGCUGUUCCAAAAGGGUUACCUUCCAUUGCAAGAUUCUCAAGCAGAAAACCAGGUCCCAGAGCUUCCAUAUUUCAGAUUCAAAGACGUUUCAAUGUUCAAAGUAAUUGAUGUGGGAAGCUUCUUUGAAUUCGCUGAUACAGUAGUUGAAGGAACCAAGGCCUCCUCAGGGAUUAUAUUCAACUCCUGUGAAGAUCUUGAAGAAGAAUAUGUAACAAAAUUUUCUUUGUGCUUUCCAAUUCCAGUUUUUCUUAUAGGUCCUUUCCACAAGUAUUUUCCAGCUUCUUCCAGCAGCUUACUGCCUCAAGACAAUACCUGCAUAUCAUGGCUAGAUAAGCAACAGCCUAAAUCAGUGAUUUAUGUUAGCUUUGGAAGUAUAGCGGCUAUAGAGGAGACGGAAUUCUUGGAGGUAGCAUGGGGACUGGCCAACAGCAAGCAGCCUUUCUUGUGGGUGGUUCGACCAGGGGUAGUCCAGGGCUGCAAAUGGCUCGAACCAUUGCCAGAUGGGUUCGUAGAAAUGGUAGGGGAAAGAGGCCACAUAGUGAAAUGGGCUCCCCAACAGGAAGUACUGCUUCACCCUUCAACGGGAGUGUUCUGGACACAUUGUGGAUGGAAUUCAACCCUGGAGAGCUUAUGUGAAGGGGUUCCCAUGAUCUGUCAGCCAGCUUUUGGAGACCAGAUCACGGAUGCAAGAUUCGUAAGCCAUGUAUGGAAGGUCGGGAUUCAUUUGGAGUUCAAGAUAGAGAGAGGGGUGAUUGACAAGGCAAUCAGGAGAUCAAUGGUUGAACCUGAGGGACAGGAAAUGAGAGACAGAAUCAAGCUACUCAAAGACAAGAUGAAUCUUUGUCUAAAACCCGGAGGUUCUUCUUACAAAUCUUUGGACAAUUUGGUUAGUUACAUGCUUUCUUUGUAGUCUAUUAAAUCUAUCAAGUCAUGAUUCCAUGUUCUAGUUUAUGUUGAACAAAAGCAGAACCAAAAUAAGAGCGUGUGUUUCAGGACAUGCUUUGAUUCUU